ACCACCCUGGAAUCAGGGACCAAUAACUAAACAUGAAAAACAGUAUCAAAGGUGGCUGUCCACCUAAAAAUAUUGAUAUUUAAGGUACUAUCUUACAUUAAACUUUAGGACAGUGAAGGGUGAGAUCCGAGCACUGACUGACACAACCAGCCAUUAUCACAACAUGUACACACAAUAACCACAGGCAACUGCUCUUUAAAAGAUACAAUAGCGUAUAUUUAACCUUAGCACUGAUUAACAAUCAGUAACUUCGACCAACAACCACUAUUGUUUAGUCUAAACACAAUAAGCAUACAACAAUGAGGGUGGGGUACAAGGAAGAUGGUGGGCAGACCCGUGAAUCUCAAACAGAAGGAUAGAGCUAAAACAGGAGGACGAGCUCUAUUUGUCCUCAAGAUAACGUGCAGCUUAAAUGGCUAAGCCUCGCUGUUCUCACUACAGCUGGCAGACUUUAUGCAUGUGGUCAAGUACAUUUUAUGUCGUGACACUGUGGUUUAUAAAAUGUCAAACACAGAGCUAUUUUGAUGUAUAGUUGACUGAGACUGAUCUUGCAGGUUGCACUUUUUUACUCUACAUGUUUAAAUUGUGCUUCAUUUUAGUCAUUAACACAUUUUGUAUAUGCUAGCACAGUUUUAGACAUUAAACCAUGAGUCUGUGUGUGUGUGUGUGUGUGUGUGUGUGUGUGAGUGUGUUCAAAGGAAAGGGAGGCGCUUCAGACUUUGAAAGUGUGAGAAGAAGGGGAAGACGAAGUCAUUGAGACUAUAAAGACCAUAGUUUGACUGACCUGAUAAUUCCUGUAUACUUACAUUUUUGCCCGUCAGUUUCACUAUGAUAAACAUCUAUGCAGCCUGUUGUCUUCUUUCUGCUCUGAGCAUUGUGGAGCUGAAGACUCUCGACAUAAAUAGACGUGUUGGGGAAAAUGUGACAAUCGAAUGCUCAGACUGGAACGUUUGGAUUAAUGUAAAAUCUAAUGUUAAGUACUUUUGUGAAAGUCCAUGCUCCAAAGACAAACACAUCAUCGUCAAAGCAGCACCUGGAAAGACUCAACAAAAGAAGCGAAUCAAGUUAACUAACAGUGCAGAAGUUUUAUUUGUGACCUUCACUAAUCUCCGAAAGUCAGACUCUAAGAAAUAUUAUUGUGGAGCGGAGAGAUUUGGCCAUGAUUUAUAUAUAGAGGUGAAUCUUAAAGUUACAGAUGUUGGGUUUUCCAGUCCCAAGACAACUCCAAAAACAGUCAUCGUUGCUGUUACAAACAGCUCCACUAUGUCUUCAAGCAGCUCAGAUAUUAAUACUGAUAUGUCUACUUCAUGCAUCAUCCAUUCUACAACCCUUACUGCACCAGCAACACAUGGAGCUGGAAAUGCACCAUAUUUGAUUGUAGGUGUACUUUUUAUAAUAACCUUAAUGGUGUUCGUACUGAUGCAUACCAGGAAGAUUUUGAAGAAACAACUGAUGGUUGUUACCGCCCCAGAAGAAGACGCAGGAGAAAGUGCGGGUCCUGAUGAAGUCUACCAAUCACUCCACCCAUUUACAGAGGAUAAAGACCAAGUCUACAGCACUCUCACACCCACCAAAGGGAGUGCAGGUCCUGAUGAAGUCUACCAAUCACUCCACCCAUUUACAGAGGAUAACGACCAAGUCUACAGCACUCUCACACCCACCAAAGGGAAUGCUGUUCUGGAGUCGAUGUCAGUGGAUGCAAGCAGCGUCUGAUAGAUUUGUAUUUAUUCAAAUGAACACAGAAGUAUGCAUACUUGUUUUGUUCUUGCAAUGUGAAUGCUAUGUGGACAAAAAUCUGUUAAAACAGUCACAUUGUGGGGGCUCAUCUUACAUUUUGGGGCAAAACACUGGUCAUCGCAAAGUAAUUGAUUGAAUUUUAGGAUUAAGAAUUGAUUCUUUGCUAAGGUUAAAGUUGGAAUUAAGCAUGGGGUGUGAUGUUUUUCACAAAGUGGUCAGAUUCAUCCAUUACUUGCUUGUAUGAAAGUGAUUCUUUUUACUCUGAUAAUGCAGUAAUAAUUCUAAAGACUGCAGCCACAAAACUUUCCCUUAUGUGUUUUUAUUUGCUUUGAAUUUAAAUUACAUAUCACAAAAUAAAGAAAAUGUAAAGCUUGAGAUGAUUUUUCUUAAGAACGCUGUGAAUGCUCUUUUUAUGUUGGUGCAUCUAGACAUGCUGACAGGCUUCACUUACAUACAUAUUAUCCUUUACUUUGCUUUGCUAUCAGUUCAAAUUCUGAAUAUAUGUUUUGCUGUUUGAUGUUUAUGGUUUGCUGUUUUGUACACACUAACACAGUCUUAAACAUUACGUCAUGUGCUCUGUGUGCCUGUGUGUGUGUGUGUGUGUGUGUGUGUGUGUGUGUGUGUGUGUGUGUGUGUUCAAAGGAAAGGGACGAGCUUCAGACUUUGAAAGGGUAAGAGGAAGUGAAAAGGGAAGUUAUAAAGACCAUAGUUGUACUGAUCUGAUAAUUAAUUCCUGUAUACUAGCAUUUUUGCCCGUCAGUUUCACUAUGAUAAACAUCUAUGCGGCCUGUUGUCUUCUUUCUGGUGAGUUUAUUUUUUCUGUAUUCUCUGUAUUUGCACCUCCUGUAGCUUGUGUAUAAAUGUUGCAGCUGUUAAAUGAAAUGCUGCUAAAUGUGUCAUCUAGUUGUUCACCUUUUUAAAAAGGUUUUGCCAUCACAAAUAAUAAAACGGAUCAUUGUUAAAAGAAAUGUGCAUAUUUGAAUUCAUUUAUGCAUUGACACUGAUGAUAACAAACUAUGUUUCCUUUAUUUCCACUUGUAGCUCUGAGCAUUGUGGAGCUGAAGACUCUCGACAUAAAUAGACGUGUUGGGGAAAAUGUGACAAUCGAAUGCUCAGACUGGAACGUUUGGAUUAAUGUAAAAUCUAAUGUUAAGUACUUUUGUGAAAGUCCAUGCUCCAAAGACAAACACAUCAUCGUCAAAGCAGCACCUGGAAAGACUCAACAAAAGAAGCGAAUCAAGUUAACUAACAGUGCAGAAGUUUUAUUUGUGACCUUCACUAAUCUCCGAAAGUCAGACUCUAAGAAAUAUUAUUGUGGAGCGGAGAGAUUUGGCCAUGAUUUAUAUAUAGAGGUGAAUCUUAAAGUUACAGAUGUUGGGUUUUCCAGUCCCAAGACAACUCCAAAAACAGUCAUCGUUGCUGUUACAAACAGCUCCACUAUGUCUUCAAGCAGCUCAGAUAUUAAUACUGAUAUGUCUACUUCAUGCAUCAUCCAUUCUACAACCCCUACUGCACCAGCAACACAUGGAGCUGGAAGUGUACCAUAUUUGAUCAUAGGUGUCAUUGUCAUAAUAACCAUACUGAUGGUCCUACUGAAGCUUAUGAUGAAGAUGAUGAAGAAACAACUGAAAGUUGUGUUAAGUGCUGAUAUGCCACAAGAAGACGCACGAGAGAAUGCUGGAUAUGAGAAAAUCAGACCUGAAGAUCAGCCAACUGUGAGUCAACCUGCAGGGGUUUCUACUGUAUGCUUCUCUGAAACCAACACUGACGUAGACCCAGACAGUCUCUAUGGUAAUUAUUCCUACCACCAAGGCGGUGCAUUAGCAGCUGAGAUUGGUAAUAGCUCUUCAAAAGUUAUUUUUUUAAAUUCAGCUUCCAGCUCUGGGGUCAAUUCAAGGGGGGUAUGUGCAGAGAGCAGACUCACAGAUCCCCAAUGUGACUUGGUGUACUCUGUUGCUCAACUACCCAAAGAGCAAAAUGAACCCACUCGGUUAUCUGAACCAAAUCAAUCUGAAAGCUACGAAAAUUACUCUCUCUAUUCCUUGGCCAAGCUACCAUAGACAACCUGAAUGUGGCUAGUGUGAUCGAAAUGGCUAAAAAUUGACCCAGGCACCCAGACAAAAGAGUGCACAAAGAUGCAUUCUCAAUGGUAUGUUGCCCAUGAAGCUCAGUGAAAACACUCAAAUAUGUCUGUGACACAGCUGGAGAUAUAGUCUGCAGUAUACAGGUUGAAGACAAUACAAGAUAUGUUUUAGAAAAUGGAAUAUGUUUCUGAAUAGUUAAUAAUAGUUAUAGAAUAAGUAAUAGAAUAAUAGUUGUGGUGUAUGAAGUAGAUCAGCAAUGGGGCUUCUUCUAUAUAUACAGUAAGGACACUGAGAGGAAGUCUUGCUUCCCCAAAGCUACAUUAUACAGCCUUCAACUGCUCACCUUUCACAUUCUCACAUUGGACUGCUAAAUUCACAUCUAUUACUAUUCAAAUGUGAGGCACUUUCAGCCCACUUGUGUUUCUCUUUUUAUAUCAAUAAUCCUCAGCUGUAUUGUAACAUAUAUUUUAAGUUAUUUGUGUCUUGUUUUUAAGUUUUACUUCUACAUGAGUUGGUCCUUUCAUAACUGCUGUCUUUUUAUUCAAUUUUUAUAACAAGAUUUGCAUUAUGUGAUUACCUAUGAUCUUUAUUAACUUGCAGGAUAUUGCAUAAAUGAUUAUAUUACUUAUGGUAUACAUUCUUUGUUUUUAAUCCCUUUUUUGUGAAAGACUUUGGUUUGCAUCUUUGUAUGAAGGGCACUAUAUACAAAUAAGGUUAUUAAAUAACAAAUGAAAGCAUUAUGAAGUUGUUUUUUAUAUGUGAUGAACAUUUUGAUUUGAGUUGUACAUUUAUUAAUCUUAGAGUUGAUCUGAGUUUUGUACUGUUAUCCACUGUCAUGUUUUGUAUUAUGCACAUUUGUAUCAUGCACAUGGGCCUACAGUCUGUAAUAAAGACAUAAUUAAAUGUAUAA